UUUUUUUUUAUUUUGUUAAGAAACUGCUACAGCUUCCGACAGACUGUAAAUGUCUUUCUCCUCUGCCUUGACUGUGAAUGUUAAACCAUUGCAGGUGGACACUACGCAAACGGCGUAGCAGUGUCUUGACAGUGUAUGGGAGCAGUCUAAGAACGGCGAACGCUUAUUUCGUAAAUAUAACUGAAGAAUGGGGAGUGUUUUAAAAAAUCCCGAAUUCUGUCAUCAAUGCAGAGAGCAGUCUUGUUAAACGCUUGUAAAUAUUAUGGUGUGCAGUUCAUGCUUAGGAAGCAGUAGUAAAUCAAAAAUCCUGUUUUCUGACAUGCAGUAACAAUAAAUGCGAAUGCAGUAUUUUGUAAGGUAUAUACAAUCAUUGCUUUGACAGCGCAAUAUUGAGAAAAAUCAUCACACUUUGGUAAUGACCAUAUCAAAUAUUAUGUUAAACCGAUGUAAAAUGUACGCAGCAUUUUAUUCUUAAGGAAACCAGAGUUGAUAACUGUGUUGUCGGCUUGUAAUUCUGACCUUGUUUCUUUAACCUUUACGCACGCCAAUCUAUGAGGAUAUUUUAAAAAUGGCUAAAUUUUAACUUUAAAAAUGGCAUUUUAGUAAAUUCGUUUAGUUGAUACGAGUAAACUGCAUCUGUUGCCAAACGGUUUUUUCUGGAUUUUAAAAUAAUAUGACCAAAAGAACCAAAGAAUACAAGAUCCACUCUGGCAUGUUACUACUAGAAUUAGUGCUCUCCUGGUUCAAGUUAAAAUGGUAAUUAUUGUUUGCUAGGUCAAUGUUAAGGUUCGACAGAGUGAGGGAAAGUAAUUUAGGAGACUGUUGUCCGGUAAUAAGGCAACCACAAUAGUUUGCAGCUGCAAUAAUUAAAACUAAAAAUGUCCAUUUCUAUUAAAGCUGGAAAUUCGAACCAUUCAUGAGAGUACAAAGCACGAGCAACACUACUUUUUCAUGAUCAAAAGUACCAAGUGUUUUUUAAACGACAACUCAUUUUUUUCAUUUUCAGCGUUUCACGCUAAUAUGUCUGCAAUAUUUCUCAAUGUGAAUUAUCAGCACUGCCUAGACAAACCAGCAAGUGCAGCCACCUGUAGGUUGGAAUUUGGAAUGCAUCCCAGCUUGACCUUGGAAACCACUUUAAAGAGAAGCAAACAGCGUAUUUCAAGAAUAGUAAGAUUUUUAAUGGCCGAGUCUGAGGUCUGGACCGGUCAACUUUUGAAAUACGGUAAUUAGAGGAGUAGACUAAGUAGACUUAUCUAUAAAAGAUUUAUGUUCUAGUGUGAUUACGUGCUUCUCUGAUUCUGGUUUUAAUUUGCUGAAAUGUAGGGAUUCUGUAUUAUCUAUAUUGCUGAAAAUCCAAACUACAGUACAUGUUAAUAAAACUUGGGGAUAUAAGCAAUUGAAAUCUCAUCAGUGAUUUAAUGGAGUUUUUAAUAACUUUUGCUAUACCUUUCCCAAAACUAUAAACUCCAAGAAAUUUUCAGGCACCCGUUACUUUAUCACAUACAUCUUAGCCAUUAGUGUAUUGAUCUAGUCCCCAUGUGGUCACAACAGUCCACAAAACAUAGAGAUCCAUAAGAGGCAAACUUGACAUUUCUUUGCUUUUUGUUUAAGUUUUAGACUUUGCUUGGUUGUUGUUGGGGCAGGAGAAGAAUUAAUACAGACAUAUUAUUUAUCCUUUUUCCUAUAAUGGACUUGUCCUUCACUAUAAGGGUAAGGUAAAAAAUAAAUAGCAUGAGUCUUCAAUAUAAAAAAGUGAGAUCAAUUGUAUGAAAUGGUUACAUCAGUAACUUUAAAUUAUUUAGGACAUGUACUGUAUUGCUAACCCAUGGAAGAUUAUAGGCUGCAAUCUGGAUGUCCUUAACAUGCUGUGUGAGUUUUCAGGACCAGGGGAAAGCAGGAAUUAGAUAAAAGCACAAGAAGAGAAAAAAUAGCCUGGUAUCUAAGAUAACACUGAACCCUGGGGAGUCUAUCAAGCAAUUUUGUAAAUCACUGUUUUCUGUUUUCUAUUUGGUCUACACAGUACUUUUUUUACAUUUUAGAAAGAUAUCAUAUUCUGUAUUUUCUCUGUUGAGGAUGCACAGCAUAUUUAUUUGGAGGGGAUGUGGAUUCACAAGCAGGAUGCUGGUUCUCUGAGCAUGUUUAAUUGCUUUUCUGAAACAGCCAGGCUGUUUUGUAGAAGAUGUUUGAAGCUGAGCUAAGGGUUUGAGUGUAACAAUUUUUUUACAAUGUCUUUCUCCUUCUGUUUUUUGUUUUAUUAAAUAUUGAUAGUUCUCACAGAAAAGCGAGGUGUGUUGUCUUUGGCUUCUAUCAUGCUUCAUGUCAAGAGACGGCAGGAGAUCUGCUCUCAAAUGAGCAAUCCUGAUGUUCCAGUUUUAUACAUUAAUAGUACUUAUCAUAGUCUAAUGAGAAUAUUGCAUGGGACGUAAUAGGCAAACCAGAGAUCUCAGUAGACUCUUCUGCCUUUAAUAUUAACCAGGUUUGUACCUUACAUUAAGUCAGUGAAUUGAUUUCUGUUGCCUUUUUAUACUGCAACCAUGAUUGUUUUAAGAUAGAGCAGUGAGACCAAUUCAAAAACUUUAUAAACCAGGCAUUUUCUGAUCAUAAUCAUGUAAUAUUCACCACCAAAAUAAAUUUGCAGUAAUAACUAAUGUUCCACAAAUAUUUUCAGAAUGCUAAAUUAAAGACUCCAGGAAGGUAGUUUAAAUUAAUCUUGUAGAUUUUUAACAAAAAAACAUGGUAGUCUUAGUCUUGUGGUCUAUAAUUGCUUAAUAAGGCAUUGAGAAAUAACAUGACAAACCAUACUUAAUGUUCUGUAGAAUGAUUUACCACUUCAACUGUGCAGGUUGAUGUAUGGACACAUUUUAUAAUUUCGCUUUACUUCCUAGUAGAAUCGUUCUGUACAGUAUAUAUGAAUUGGAAGCUAUCAUGGGUUGAAAGACUAGUUUUAAGUGUAUUUUCUGCUCUUAAUGUGCACACCAUAUCCUCUUGUUAUUGGCGGGAAUGCAUUCAUAAAAAAGGAAAGUUAAUACUUUUUCUGAAUAUUAUUUUUUCUAAGCAAAUGGAUAAUGUAUUCACUUUUUAAUCAGUACUUGUAUAUCUUUUUCACAGAUGAACUGAGACCUUUGAAUUUAUUUUUACUGACAGUUCCAUCACUUUUGCUUGUCAAGUGUACAUUUUAUGGGCCUGGAGUCUUGCUUACCUACUCUCUGGAUUCUUUCAGUUGUUUCACUGUUGUUGCUGUUCUGUGCUUUUGCUAGUCGGGGAGCACCAGCUGACUGGGCACAAGGUCGCAGUGAAGAUUCUGAAUCGUCAGAAAAUCCGCAGCCUGGAUGUGGUGGGGAAAAUAAAAAGGGAAAUACAGAACCUCAAGCUUUUCCGUCACCCUCACAUUAUUAAACUGUGAGCAACACCAGAUACCAGGUCAUCAGUACACCCACGGACUUCUUCAUGGUUAUGGAGUACGUGUCUGGAGGUGAACUGUUUGACUACAUCUGUAAGCAUGGGAGGGUGGAGGACACAGAGGCUCGACGUCUCUUCCAGCAGAUAAUUUCAGCAGUGGAUUACUGCCAUCGGCACAUGGUGGUUCACCGUGACCUGAAACCAGAGAACGUUCUCCUGGAUGCCAGUAUGAAUGCCAAGAUUGCUGACUUCGGUCUCUCAAACAUGAUGUCAGAUGGAGAGUUCCUGAGGACCAGCUGUGGCUCCCCAAAUUACGCUGCACCUGAGGUCAUCUCUGGGAGGCUCUAUGCAGGUCCUGAGGUGGACAUCUGGAGCUGCGGAGUGAUACUCUAUGCCUUGUUGUGUGGAACACUGCCCUUCGAUGAUGAGCACGUGCCUACACUCUUUAAAAAGAUCAGAGGGGGCGUGUUUUACAUCCCAGAGUACCUGAAUCGCUCGGUUGCUAGCCUCCUCAUGCUCAUGCUACAAGUGGACCCUCUGAAAAGAGCCACCAUCAAGGACAUCAGGGAACAUGAGUGGUUCAAGCAGGACCUUCCUGGGUACCUCUUUCCCGAGGAUCCCUCUUACGAUGCCAAUGUGAUUGAUGAGGAGGCAGUGCGGGAGGUGUGUGAGAAGUUUGAGUGCACUGAGUCAGAGGUGAUGAGCAGCCUGUACAGUGGGGACCCCCAGGACCAGCUGGCCGUGGCCUAUCACCUCAUCAUCGACAACCGCCGCAUCAUGAACCAGGCCAGUGAGUUCUACCUGGCCUCAAGCCCUCCCACGGGCUCCUUCAUGGACGACAUGCCCCUGCCCCCUGGGGUCAAGCCCCACCCUGAGCGCAUGCCCCCACUCAUGGCUGACAGCCCCAAGGCACGCUGUCCGCUGGAUGCCCUCAACACCACCAAGCCCAAGCCCCUUGCUGUCAAGAAGGCCAAGUGGCACCUGGGUAUUCGCAGCCAGAGCAAGCCUUACGACAUCAUGGCUGAAGUGUACCGGGCCAUGAAACAGCUAGACUAUGAAUGGAAGGUUGUGAAUCCUUAUCACCUGAGAGUUAGAAGAAAAAAUCCUGUAACAGGGAAUUAUGUAAAAAUGAGCCUUCAGCUUUAUCAGGUGGACAAUCGCAGUUACCUGUUGGACUUUAAGAGCAUUGACGGUAAGGAAAACAAAGAUGAUGUUGUGGAACAAAAAUCAGGCUCCUCCACACCCCAGCACUCCACCUCUGCUGCAGGCCUGCACCGACCCCGGCUGAGUAUUGAUUCGGUGGCCAUUGUCAUGGAGACUCCCGUCCUCAGUGGUUUGCUCUCAGGCUCUCUGACUGGCAGCACACACCUCGUCACUCCCCGGCAGGGCAGCCACACCAUGGACUUCUUCGAGAUGUGUGCCAGUCUCAUCACUACACUGGCACGCUGAGUAGGCAGGCAGGCAGCUGCACAAGCCUUCCCAAGCCAGAGCCCUCACUGUGCCCACUGAGUCCACACCACUACAGUGUUGGUCACUAUAGCAACAUGAGUUUAACCAUCAAUUGCUGUGAGUACAAGACACAAUCCCUCAGAGUUUGCAAGGUUCACGGCUUAAUUUUCCUUUUUUUAUUGUUUUUUUUAUAACGGCAAAGUCAAAGUGUUCACUUAUCAGAUAUUUAGUUAAGUUUUUAAAAUCUACACUGUAUCUAUUGAUAGCCAUAAAAUAUUAUAUUUAUAUAUUAUCACCUGCUUACUGUACAGUAAUUUAUUAUUUCAGGCAUUAAGAAGGUAAACCAAAAAUAAGUAUAUUCAAAUAUUUUUUCUGUACUUAGGAGAAAGAGAUCAGAAAUUUAUUUUUAAGAAUUAUUUUAUUCAAUAAUAUAAAAUGAAAAAAAUCAUUUUCAUCAGAAAUCCCUGUUUGUUUGCUAGACCUGAAUGUAAACCCUCUUCUUUUACUGUCCUAUGUUUUUGAAAGGAAGAACAGCUUAUUAAAAAUGCAGAGGUGGGUCAAACAUAAAGUCUUUAUGUCCAUCUCUCUAUAGCAAAACCCACUCCGCAGUUAUUAAUGACUCAGAUAUUUAUAUAUUAAUUUUUAAAUUUAUAAUUUAUAUGUUAAUAUAUCCUGUAUACAGCAGGUACAUGCUACAGUAUAACAAUCACACUGGCAGAGGCUCGAAAUUAGCAAUAAAGUCAGAUUUUUAAAAAUCUUUUGAUAACAUGCAGGCUUACAUCAAUUAAUGUUUUCUGAAUCAUUAAUUGGAUGAAAAAUGUAUUACUUGUCAAAAUAAUUAAAGAAAAAAUAUUAUUUUAUCUUCUAACAACAUUAUGACUGGGGGAAAUAAAGCAUUGUUCUUCAGUGUUUGCUUAAAAAGUACUGUUUUCACUUCAUAACAAAAAUACAUGGUUAUGGUCAUGAAUUAUAAUUUUCCAUUCCACUCUUGAAAGAAUGAAACACCUCAGAAUAAAAAUGAUUUGUUAGAUGUCCUAUGUAAUUUAUCUAAUUAUACGUAAGGAGGUGGGUGACAAAUGUAAUGUAAAGUCACACUAUUAAUUCUGGAGCACCAAAAACUUGAAGUAAAUCAUCUAAAGAAACGGUAUUAAAAAUGUCAUUCUAUUAUAUAAAAAGCUAUUUGUGGGAUUAAUUUAUAUGAACAUUAACUCAAAUACUUUGUUCUCUUAUUUAAAUUAAUGCCAUUUAUCCUAAUUAAAUGCAUUUAGUGUGCAGUAAAAAUACUAUAAUGUAAGUCAACAAUUAUCCAACCCUAUAACUUUAUCAGGGAUCAGGGCUAAUGUAAUUAUAACAUCUGUUGUAAUUCAUUGCUGCAAAAGUGAAAUGGGUGAGGAAGUAAGCCCAGCUAGUCUAAUUGCUGGAUCAUAAAGACAAAAACUGUUAUAGGCUGCAUAAAUAGUAGUUUACCCAGUUAGGAAUGAAAGGAUUAAAUCAUGGACACAUUGUUUCAAAUAAACACUUCAGCCCAGAAGAGAUGAAUCAUUCUCAAAUUGCCUUAUGAUAUGUGUUCUGCAUACUGUUUUCAUUUUUGUUAUAAUCUUUCAUAUUUACAUGCAUUGACAUAUGUUUUGUAACAAUAUAGUUUACUUUAUUUUGAUUUUAUUUACCCCCAUGUCUGAAACUAUGAAUCAGUUAAUAAAAGGGGUCAUUAAGUACAAUGGUGACCUGUUCAGCAAGCUGUAUUUUUGGGCCAGUAAUAUGUAGGGUUUCUACAAAUGUAAUCGGACAGGUUCAGUGUAGGAAUUAAAAAAAAAAAAGAACGAAUCUGACAUGCUAUUCCUGCAUUUAUUUUGUGGCUACAUUUCUCACUCUGAGAAACUAGACUAUCAGUUACAGCCACUCUUUUAAAUAAUUUAUUUCUACAUGCAGGGUUAGAAAAUGCAACAGUUUCCUGAAGAUGUGUUAUGAUAUCCAUGUGUCAAUUUUAUAAAACACAACCUCGAUCACAUAUAAAUUGCUAUUUCAGAUAUGGGGCUUUCAGCAGUCAGUUUCCAUUUACCCUUCUAUUUUCUUCCAGUUCAGGAUCAUGGGGAAGCCAGAGGUUAUCUCGACAAGCAACGGGCAAUAGGCAGGGUAACCCUGGACAGGACACCAAUGCAUCGCAGGGCAGACAUACACUAUUAGGCCCAAUUUUGCAAUUAACCAAUUAACCUACCAGUACAUUUCUGGGCUGUGGGAGGAAACAAGCAUCCAGACAAAACCCAUGCAAACAUGGGAGAACAUACAAACUCCACGGCUUCCCUAGCCAGGGUGCAUGGAAGCCUUGGGGGAGCCUCAAAGUCAUUUCAGGGUAUCCCCAAAAAGCCUGAAACUGUUUCCUCACAUAAUGAAGUUCUCCAACAUAAAUAUUAUGAUAUUCUAAUGGAGGAUCAGUAGAUUAUUAUUAAAAAUAUAUACUGGCGAGUUGGAAGUGAAGCAUGUCCUUGUUGGAAGUACACAUUUGAAAAAGGUAAUCUUACCAGGUUGUUCCAAGUAGGGAACAGGGCAGGGAUGUCAGUUUUAGCUCCUGGUUUUUGUUCCAGCACAAGCUUAUAAUUAUAUUCAUGGGUCUAAUUAUCAAGUCAACUAGUCAUAAAAUAGUUUUUCCAAUGUCUUUUGUUGUUAGAAUAAAAGUUUUACGCAUUCUAUACCAAAUAUUUCAUUAGGGCAAUAACAAAAGGGAGUACUGGCAUGUAAUGAAAGACAGAAGGCCCUGCAGUCCUCCCGGAAGUUAAUAUGACACAUCUGGCAUUACUAGCUAUCAAAUGGGGAGACACCUCUUUUAAGUGCCUACCAAUAUUUAUUUUUAUUUUCCAAAAUAUGUGGUUCUUCUCAAGUUAUGUGGAUUGGUUUAAAUGUGGAAACUGUGCACCCUUGACCUAUAUGGGUAUAUAUAUAUUGGCCAAUGGGGACAUGCUCACUUAGACAAUGGCAGCACCCUAGGCUCAUUGUGACUGUGUACGGAUUCAUUCAUCUGUGGAUGACAGUGCUCACAGGUGGGGAAUAUCGUGGUCCAUUUCUCCCUGUGAGCACUGCCAAGCAAUGCUGUGACUUAUUGCACGUUUAUGUACCAAACUUCAUUUCUCCAUGUUAUGUUUUCACACUACUGCCGUUUGUCUAGUCCAACUUUCAUUCUAAGAGCCAUGGCUUUCAGAAUUGAGUGUACUAAAAAUAGGUGGGUCGAUAUCAGUCUCUUAUCUUGUACAUUCAUUUGUCACAUUUUAGUAGGUUUAUAUGCUGUGUCCUAGAAGUGCCUCAAUGCACUGAAGGAACUCUGGCCAGUUUCACAGCUUGCUGAAUACUGUAAGUACAUCAGAACCCGUUUACCUGUUCAUGUACUGUAUUGAAUGCGAGACAGAAUUUUCCAAUUAAAGAAUGUGAUUGCAUGCUCCUGGGCAUUGAUGCAUUACUUUAAAUGAAUGUAAAAAACAUUAAUUUCACCAAACUGAAAAGUGUAGUGAAGCUCCGAUUUUUAGUUACUAAGAUAUUGCAGUGUUUUGUGAAUGUUGUAACGGACAGUUUUAAUACAAACACACAGGCAUCAAGAUCAUAUAAGUGUUCAAGUGUAAUUUUAGCAGAUAUAUAGAUGAUAUAAUGUGUAAUUGUAAUAAUCUGCUAGUGCCUAUGAUUAAGUUAAGGGAGACUUUGAAGUAAACAUACAUAAAAAUAACCAUGCUGCAGCAUAGGAUUUAAUAUGUGGAAAUCAUGUGCUUUUCAUACCUUGAUAAAAACAAAUGCAAGUCGAGCAUGAGAUGGAAUAGAAUCAUUACAGAAUAUACCACUGGGUCUCUCCAGUGUAGAUCCUACAAUUACACUUAAACCUCAAGAUAUCAAAGAUCUUAGUGGCUAUUAUAUUGACACUGCAACAUAUACACUCCCUUCUACCAUGCCCAUAUGCAAAGGUUUUUCAAAGGUUUUAGAAGUAUAUAAUAAUGGAAGAAGUGUGUAUUUUGAUGAAUCCAAGUGAGUUCUACAAUUGAUUUCUAUUCUAUAAUUCACUUCUUGCAAAAUUAAAUAUAAAAACAAGCAUGUUGUAAUGUGGAGAAGAAGCACCUAAGGUUAUGUUAUGGUCCUUUUUUUCAGUAUUCAUCUCCUCUGUAGUUUUUUUUAAUAUUAUAUAUUUUUAUGUAUGAAAUAAAGAUCCAAACUACCAUUUACAAUUAAAAAUCAUUGUAGACUAUAAAUUGCUAUUUUCACCCAUAAAUACACAAAUAUACUGUGUAACCACAAAAGUUAUGCAUGUUUAGAUCUUAUUUUAAUCACACUAUACAAUGAAAUAUACUAGUUACUUUGGUACAGUAUGUUGUACAUUUCUCAUUAGCUGAAUACAGAAAAUGACUCUUUAAAAUGGUUAUAAAAAUGUUUUUUGGUCAGAUAAUAACAACAGUAACAUGUCAACUACGUGUGAAAAACAGUCAUACAUAUGCAAUGUCUUAUCUCUCACUCUGAUCUGUAUUACACUGUAAUGCUCUACUGAAUGUCAAGAAUAUUAGAACCAAAGUACAAUUUAUGUUAAGCAUUAAAUUUAUCUACUGAUAAAUUGUUUACCAUUUAUGUGUACCUCUUCAAUGUCACAAAAUACAGCUUGUGUAUUCUUA